UUUUGGCUCCAACAUAAAUAUCCCGCUAUAAAAGUCAUUUUUGGGUCUCAGCUUAAUGAAAAUCUUUGCUAGCACGAAUUUAGUGCUACCAUAGAAUUAUGAUCCAAUUUUGACUGUAUUAGUAGCACUUCGUGAAUUCGUGCUACGGUGAACUGCUACCAAUACUCAUAUUUGUUGUAGUGCCGGUUACCAAAGAUGAAGAAGCUUUAUUGACUCAAGUUGUGCUGACAUUUGAUUUUUUUUUAGUCGUAGUUUAUCGUGACAGGUAGAAGGAUUAACAUUGAAUAUCCGUAGGUCUUGCUCUUAAUUAGGAUCAAUACUAAUUAGAUACUCCAUUAUCAUCACGAGCAGGAUUGAAAUGAUGUUGUGAUUGCAUGCUUUACUUUUCUAAGACAAAUGUGAUCAUCAGUCUAUGCAUAAUUUUAGGAUAUGUCAGUUUGCUACAACUUGCAAUCCCUUAAUACAAUCAGUGCUCAUUCAUUUCUAGGGAAGAAAGUUUCUGAUAUGGUGAUUUAGACAAUCACAAGUCUCUUCUUAACAUCAUGCACAGCCACAGAGAACUUACAUGAGCUUGUUCAUUGAACCCGAUUUGUAGUUAUAUAUUUAAAUUUUGAUUAAAAAUAAAACAAUUGUAAAUAGAAAAGCCUCUCUAUGAGUUACUCAUAACAUUUUCAUAUUCUUUUUUCAUAUUUUUUUAUUAUUUAUCUUAUUAUAAAUUCGUGAGUCUAUUAGUUGGGCAUAUGUAAAAUAAUAGAGAAACAAUAGGGGUCUCGCAGUAAUUUUCCUCAGCUCGCAGCCGAUUACAAUUAGGGUUCAUAAUUUUCUUCUCCUUUUUUGUAACUCCUCGCUCUGCUGUUCAAAACUCUAGAACAAAUUCGACAGUGGAGAUUUGUAGCUUGGAUACUCACGCGAAGAUGAACUUAUAUGAAAGAGAUGGACAUAAUGAGCCUUCUGAUACAAGCAAUAGCUCGAGGAAGAAGAACAUGAAGAGAUUGGGAGGCGGUGGUCUUUCUCUCCAAACGUUCGCCAAUUUGAAGUCGAAGAACAGUCACUACAACCCUGCUUUCAUCAAAAAGCAAAAAGAGUUCUACAAGAAUGCCAAGUAUGUGAGCAAGUUCAGGAAGUCUAUGAAGCAGCACGACAAAGAGGUGAAGCUGCAGAGCUUUCGUGAAGAGGAUGAGACUGGAGAUAGUAGUAGGGUGGUAGGUGAUGAUGAUAAGCGCAAGGGUAAAUCUCACAAGAGAAUUGGUGUAGAUGAGGUGUACAAGCAGACACGUGAAGUUAUGGAGAAAGCAAGGAUGGAGAGAGAAGCUGCGCUUCAGGCGAAGAGAGAAGCCAAAGAAGAGGCUGAAUCGCUGAGGAGAGUAGCAAAGGGGAAAAUGAUGAGAAAGACCCGACAUGGUCAGCCGGUAAUGAAAUACAGAAUAGAGCAUCUUCUUGAAUCAAUCAAGAAAUCUGCUGAAAACGAUGGUAGCAGAACCGCAUGACCCCCUCAUGUUCAAGACAGCCUUGCUUUCAGUUUUGGUAUGUUGUGUUGUUUUGAGGUAAACAUUUGUUGUUUUUGGAUAGGCUUUGCAGGUAUCAGCACAUUGGUGUUUGCUUUUUCUUUUCAUAAACUUUGAUUUGCAGUUAUAUUUAAGUUUAGUUAAAAAUAAAAUUAUACUAUUUGUAAAUAGACAAGUGUUUCUAAUAAGUUUUUCAAAAACUCUUAUCUAAUAUAAAUUUUUAAUAUUCA